AUGCAGUCACUUGUUAUAACAUACCAGAAAGUAGCAAAUGAAUGGCGACAGCUUCCCCAGAAAACGUCCGAGCUGAAAGUGGAGCAGCGCAGUCGAGAAAUGCUCGUCAUGUGGAUUGCGUUCUGCCUUGUCCACAAAAGAUGUGUGAGCCAAGUGCCGCUGUGCGCCGAGUACAACAUCGCAUUAGACUGGAAAGACCUCAGAGUGGCGGUUCUUCGUGAUCGAGCAGCCAUUUCUGCACUUCAGCGUGUCGCCAAGUACAUUCGAAGCUGGAACGAGGAAACCAAAGGUCUUCCGCUCUUCGACUUGACGAAUCAAAGCGCCACUUUUGGUUUUGCACGCAAAUUCGGCCUUAAUAGCGCUAGUAUCGUUGAUACUUACGACCGUGAAGUCAACAUCUGGGAGGCGCAUGUAAAGAGUAAGUGGAACGAGAUCGCACAGAAGAAAACCCGAGCCACGGAACUACGGGCUCAGAUAUCUCGUCUCGACGAAAACUUGGAGUCAAAACAGAACGAACUUGCCGAAGAGAAAAGACUGAAGACUGUGCUGAAGAAGGUGCUCGUCACUCCCUCACCUCUAACCAGACCACUGCCACCCGUAAAGGAUGACGCUAUUCAAGUCAUUUUUAUGGUGACCAUGCCUCGAAAUCUUGAGAUUUUAGGGAGCUUGUGCCUAAUCGCUCAGCGAGCCAUUGCCCCGUUUGACCCGACGACCGAAAUGAGGGCACUACCCAGUGUGAGUUCCUGUAGUUGGUGGCAAUUUUACUGCCAACAUGCGCCAAGUCAAGCUGUGCGUGCCACUACCAAGGAAUUUGCCGUAAUGCCCAGUUCGUUUCACCUUUCUGACCGACGCGGACCCAAAACCAUUGACGGUUUGACCAACAUUGCCCAGCUCAAAGCAGAGUGCGUGAUAGACCCCAUGCUGCGCGGAACGGCUUUAACGUGGAAUGAUCCGACAGGAGUGACGCUAAACCCCUUCAACGCUACUUCGAAAAGUGUCACCGACAGCUUCAUUGAGCAAAUGCCACAAUUGUUUGAGGAUUUCCAGUGGAUGAACGCAUGGCCUGGUGAUGAUGACACCCGGGGAAAUAUGGUUUACGCAAAUUUACACAAAAGGCCUGAAGAAUUCGAGAAAUCGUUGUUUAUCGCACUAGGCUCGAUGCGCUCGUACCCGUUCCAGCAGUUCCGAAAGCUGCAGUGUGUAUUACUUGACGAUAAGUUACCGUGGUCGCAUUCGUGCGUGGAAAUCAUUGUGCGACAGACACUGUAUCAGAUUGGUGAACUUACGGCGGAGGAGGACCCAGAAAUGCUCUGGAAAACCGAUAUGCUGCAAGGUGAGAACGGACUGCAAACAUUUUGUGCCGUUCUAAAGCUCGCUGCGACGAGACUAGAGCAAACACCACGAUGUUUCGAGAAUAUUCCAUUAAUCAGUGAGCUUUCAGGCUAUCUCUAUCAAUUUACACGGGAUGCAAAAUCUAUCGUGGAAUUGUUUGCGAGAAUGGCACGACGUUGGGCUACAAAUUUACGCUUAGAAGACAGAGGUGAGCGCCUUCCCGAUCGAGUUGCCGUUCUCCGUCAGAAAGAGUGUAUUCUAUACGGCUACGCGUUGUUAUCGUACACAUUGGGACCUCUGGACGACCAAGCAGCUCAGGAAAUAUGCGAGUUGAUGGUUCUAUUUCGGACCAGUUUUCUCUGUGCUAGUAUCAAUUGCCCCUCCACUAACGAAAUGCUUCAAGUGGAGAGUAAACUUCAUGAACUGAUGUCGCGAAAGAUCGACAGUCUGAUAACUUAUGUCAACAGAGACACCGAUAAAGUGCUGACCUCCUUGGUACAUUUGGUAAGUCCGAUGGCUCCUGGAAAUUUGACAUGGAAGCAAGUUGAAGAAGUACCACCAGGUGACCAGCAGCUCGGAUGCUGCUUUGAAUCUUCCGAUAGCCACUAUGCAGUCAACUUGUUUACGGGUGUCGUAUUGACUGAUGGCAACGCACCAGGUGGACUUCCGGCCAAUAUUCGCGUACACGAACGAUUCCAGAGUCUGUUCGGACGCUGCAACUUCGAGGUGAAUACAGUGAAUGGGCUUUUCCAGACUGAAAGUUUGUAUUGCGGUCGCUUGUACGAGUUUGGAUAUCACGAAUCGGAAGAGCUCUUUGUCCAAGAGCUCAUUGUGGACUCUCGUAACAUUUCAGGUAGAUUUCAAUUGUGUUCGACCGGCUGGGUUGCAUCGUUCUGCAACCAUUUCCCAAGACGCCUGCGAGAUUUGUACUCUCAUUGGUAUUGGGUGGAGCGAGACUGCGUUCUUUUUCGGCCAAAGGAGGCCAAGAAUCGAGAGGUGUUCUUCGUUGCUUCCUUCGACGAACACAACUCCCUGCGAUGUUACCAAGUACCUUUCAGUGAUACCAAGUUGACGUACGAAUACAUCGUGACGCAUCUUAAAGACUACGACUGUCUUGUUCAAAAGGAUGAUCCGAUUGGCGAGGUAUUAAGAGUGCUAACGAAGCUCGAAGACGAGAGGUUUCUCCAUCCACUCAAGUCUCCCAAAGACACUCUGAAGAUUGAUCUGCCACGGUUCAAGUUGCAAUUUGUUCUCGAUACCGACAUGCGGUUUGCAUCUGUGGAGCACAAGGGAUAUUUCUUAGCGAGCAGCCAGCAAUUCGACGACUUCCUGCCGCGUUUCAGCCGAUAUUUGGUACUAGAACUGAGCGACAAAGCCGAUAUAACGCGACCAGAAGUUCGGAUACUGCUCCCGGUUGGUUCCGUCGUUGAGACUUCAGACGGUAUGGUGGACAUCUCUUUGCCUUUCGAACCAGACAGUCGAGUGGACACCGUGUGCUACGACGUUCACCGUCGGUUAAGGACGUUCGAAACGGAGACAAUCAGUGCCAGGUUGCAGCUGGCUGCGGUUUGUAUUCGAGCAGGAACGAACGUACCGAGCAAGCGACUGCAAAUGACAGGAGCCGAAGCUGCUCUCCAAUAUCUACGGGCCUGUCGGUCGAGUAGACCUUAUUCUACAUUUGAAGAAGAUACUUUACGGACGAUUCGUGAAUGGAGUUUUCGCCUUCCCGCAGUGAAGAUUUUGGCGGUGACGUUGAUGAUGAAGGCUGAACAGUUAGGAUUCCUUUACGGUCGACCUGCGUCGCGUAAAAUGGCGAUGGACAGUGUUGACGAACAGACGGAGUACACGGAUAUUGGUGCAGGACGACGUCCAGUGAACGCCCUUCGUACUACAUUCCGAACCCAAGAGGAGAAAAUGAUAUUUGGCCUACUGUCGCUGUCACUAACGAACGCCACUACCGAUGCCAUGGGCACAGCAAUGUUGGACGAACUGGAGCUUAGCUGGAAGUACUACCGAUCCCAAACUCAGAUGCAGCUAAAGGCUUCUCCAAGUUCGUUGCUUGGGUCAUUUAUGGAGUUUCUCGACGAUAUUUCAUCCUGCAGAAGCAAGAUGGAAACGUAUUUGUGGGGUGCGUUUGCAAAUUCUACGAGUGGUAAGCGAGAUCAGCUUCUCGCACUCGUCAACGCAGUGCUAGUAAUGACGGUGAGUGAUAUCGUUCGGUGCUCUUAUGACAAAGAAAUGCUCUACAAAUUGACACUAAGGAUGAAUGACGACGCACGGGAGAAAUUCAAGAAAGGGGUCCUACAAUUUUUGGAGAUUUGCGUUCUCGAAGAUAAAGUAAAGCGUCUUGUUUGCAAAGCUAAGCGCAGUGCUGACAUGUCGGACGCUCAACUGGUGGACGAACUAUUCAACGUGCGUCAAUGGCAGUCGGUAGACUUUCCUUAUUGGUUGGCGUUCGAAGUGGAAGGACGACUACAGAUCCGACACGAACAGUUUGUCGUCGCUCAACAUCUCAUCAACCAGCCAGGAACCGUCUGUCAGCUCAAUAUGGGGCGUGGCAAGACUCGAGUGAUCUUGCCAAUGCUGUUCCUCUACUUCACCCAAAGUCGCUGUUCACGAGUGGUUCGAGCUCAUUUUUUGGGUCCUUUACUAAGCGAAGCGCGACAUUUCAUGCACCGUUACCUAUCUGCUUCCAGCGUUCAUCUCGGUAUUUUCGAGCAGCCAUUUCACCGUCAAAUCGAGUUGAAUUCUCGGAGUCUGGAGCUCAUGCGUGAUAUUCUGGACGAAAUGAAGCUGUUUGGAGGCAUUCAGAUAGUAUCCCCUGCGCACCGCAUGUCGCUUGAGCUAAAACGUCUUGAGUUAGAUAAGGAUGCCUCUCUCGUAAGCACACUGGACGAAAUCCUCGACAAUGACCAGUUCGUGGAUGUUCUGGACGAAUGUGACGCUCUACUCCACCACAAAUAUCAUUUGGUGUAUGCGGUAGGCUCUCCGAUCCCGCUUCGCAGUGGCAUGGAGCGGUGGAAAGCUGCAGAAGCUCUACUGAGUAUCAUAAGGGAUGGAUCCAUUGGAUCGCGAGUCGCCAAGGUGCUGAAGGCACCGCAUGUUUCUUGUGUUGCACCAGACUAUUUAACACGCUUGGGGGCUUACGAUGGGACUCGGCUGAACACUGUCGUGCAGAGCACUGAAGAGCUACGAGACCAUCUGAAGAAGGCACUGGUACUGGAUCUCAUUGACAAUGCUCCGUUCGAACUGAUGUGGCUCAGCACUCUUGGGACUGGGAAUGUCGGUCACGCGCUGGUCCGGGCUAUUACUGACAGCUCUAUCAGCUUACAUGAAGCUAUGGGGAAUCACAUGCACAAGUUCACAGCGUACACUUCUCAGCUGCUGGCACUGCGGGGUCUUGUAGCGUUUGGUGUGUUGGAGCACUGUGUGGAGAAACGAUAUCGAGUGGACUUUGGGCUUCCUGAUCCUGGCACUCGGUCAAAGAAAAUUGCGAUCCCGUUUCGUGCUGCGGAUGUUCCUUCGGAAAGAUCCGAGUUUUGUCAUCCAGACGUUUGUAUUGUCCUCACGUUGCUGGGAUAUUACCAUAGAGGACUGACUAAUGAGGAAACUCGAAGAACGUUCCAAAUGUUAUUGCGGUUGGACACUUCGGAACAGAGACAGCAGUACAGUCAAUGGUUUAGUAGCGUCAAAUCGGGUCUAGACGAUGAGACCCGCAACGCAUUGGGCGAUGUACGCCACAUCAGCCUUGCAGAUACUCGACAGUUUGAGUCGCUCUGCAACGCCUACAAGUUCUGCAUAGAUGCGAUCAAUUUCUACCUCAACACGUGCGUGUUUCCUAGAGAUACGACGCAGUACCCUCAACGUUUGUCAAGAACGGCUUGGAAUCUCGCAGCAGGAGCGAACAACAUUGGAUUCUCUGGAACGAACGACAACCACCGUCUUCUCCCUCUGUCUGUAGCGCAAUGCGAGCCGCAUGAGCCUUCACUGUUGGGCACCAAUGGGAAAAUGAUCGACAAGAUGCUGCGAGUGACUCAAGGCUACGAGGUGAUUCGUCCUAGUCCGAGACGCAAUUCGGUCCCUUGGGAGAGUGCUCUGCUCUUUGCAAUGGACAAGAAGACGCAAGCUCUGAUCGACACUGGAGCUCUUCUUGCUGGUGUAUCCAACCACGAGGCAGCUGCAUUUCUUCUACAGCAGUCAACCUUUGGCUUUGCUGGCGUAACAUACUACGACAGUCGCAAACCUUACAACUGCUGGAUGAUCGCGGAGAAGAGCCGUCGUGUUGUGAUGCCUCUGAAAAAGGCGUCGAUGCUGGAGAGUGAGACCUUCGUGAUCUUUGACGAGGCUCGAUCGCGUGGGUCCGACAUGAAGCUCCCGUCCAAUGCUUCCGCUGUUUUAACGCUAGGACCCAAACUAACAAAAGAUAAACUGAUGCAGGGAGCUGGACGCAUGAGGCAGCUCGGCUGCAACCAAACGCUGUGGAUAGCGAGCUUCGACGAGGUGGCGCAGAGUCUCCUUCAGUCAAGUAAAGAGCGAGAGAUUACGCACUUGACAGCGAUCGACGUGUUGAAUUGGGUCAUGGACAAUACGAAGGCGGAAUCUGUUCGUGGGCUGUUGGAGUGGGCGAGCAACGGUAUUCAUUUUCAGAAGACGCAGCUUAACCACGAGACAGAGCUGGUGAAUGAAGAUUGGUCGCUGAAGACUCUGUACCAAGAGAAGAUCACUGAAGACAAGAUCGCUCGAGUCAUCGAAGCUAAAGCGCGCUUUGGCGUUGAAGGGGUUGAUGACGCGUUGAUAGCUGAAAUUUGUCGACGAGGUUGUGUAUACGGCAUGGACGACGAAGUGUGUAUCACUGCGCAUACUGACGAGUGUGAGCGCGAACUGCACGUGGAAGAGGAGGAGGAGCACGAGCAAGAAAGAGAGGUGGCUGUGAGUCGGCCUAGGAAAGAGAAGACCUGGAAUUACUCGAGUAUUCUGGGGGCUCGGUCGAUUGAGAAUCUUUAUGGCAUCGUGGAUGUAAUGAGUAUGGACAGUUUUAUCCGCCAGUGGCUAACGCCAACGAACUUAGCGGAUCUGGCAUGGACACGCUCUAAACUCUUUGGAACGGAGAAUUUUUUCACGACGAUUGUAGCUCGGAAGGGUAUGGAUCAUUUGAACGAGUUCCUCCGUCUGAUCGAUGUAAUGCUGAUAUUUGAGAAUGGUCAAGUGCUGUUGGUGUCCGAGUGCGAGGCCGAUCACAUUCUGGGGCUGCUGUGGGCAAAUAAUUGCAACUGCAGCUUCCGUCUUGUCAAUUUUGCGUUUGUUUGUGAGGCUAUUGAUCGUAUUGGAGCACAAGCUCAGUUUCGAGAUGUUGCAAUGGCCCGGGGUAGUCAUCUGGAUGCGGAUGUUCCACAUCUGUCGAUAGCAGCAUGUCACGUGUUCAAUGGCGAGACGAUGCCCACAAGCCGCCAACAAGCUGCACUGGAAUUGGCAUUUAGUGAUUUUCUCGAACUUGUAGUUCAGCGAGAAGCCACAAUGGCGAACUUUGUGACGUCUCGGGGCAAUGGACACAAGUGGCCGCGUUCAUUUCUACACGACCUCUGCUGUCGCCUGGAUCUGAAGACUGCAAGUGAAGUGUAG